AAGCAGGCAUUGGAGGAAGACAAGUCAAUCCAUCAGAUUUCCUAAAACAUUUAACAGAGCCAGUGGCAGGGACCAGAUCAGCAAUUCAAGCUGCUGAUUACAUGGAAACCACCCUGAGUCUUCUGAAAAAGAAGAUACAGCAGAAUAUGAAGAGACCAUUCAAUAUCACAGAUCUGCUAGAUGGGGAACAGAAGGCAACAAUUUCCAAAGCUACUGGCUGCAAGUAUCAAAUUCACCCCAUCAAGUGUGCAGAGACUAGCACUUACCGGACCAUCACAGGAGAAUGCAACAACAGGAAACAUCCUCAUCUGGGAGCUUCCAAUCAUGGAUUUGCCCGAUUGCUUCCGGCAGAGUAUGAGGAUGGCAUCUCUCUUCCCAAAGGAGUCACUGAAGGAAAACUUUACAAUGGAUUUGUACUUCCUCUGGUUCGAAAUGUGUCCAGCAAAAUUGCUCACACAGCCAAUGAGAACAUCACUCAUGACCAGGAGCGCUCUUUAUUUUUCAUGCAAUGGGGUCAGUGGGUGGACCAUGACUUGGACUUGGCCCCUGCUGCUGGUGAAGGCCACAACAGUAAAACAAUUAAUUGUGAGACCAGUUGCACCUAUCAGUCACCCUGCUUCCCGAUUAAGUUUCCUUCAGAUGAUCCACGUUUUCAGAGCUCAAAUAUCUGUAUGCCACUUACUCGUUCAGCUCCAGUGUGCAAUCCCAGAACAUUUAUACGAGAACAGAUCAAUGCAAUCACUUCCUUCAUUGAUGCCAGCAUGGCGUAUGGCAGUGAAGUACCUGUGGCUAGGUAUCUGAGGAAUCAGACAAACCAGCUGGGUUUGAUGGCUGUGAACCAGAAAUUUACAGAUGCAGGGUUAGAAUUACUGCCUUUUGAGAACAAGACCAAAAGUAUCUGUACUUUCACAAACAAGACAGCAAACAUCCCCUGUUUUAAAGCAGGUGAUGCACGAGCACCUGAAAAUCUGGGGCUUUCAGCUCUGCACACCCUCUUUUUGCAGGAACACAAUCGCCUGGAUGCUGAGUUAAGGAAACUAAAUUGCCACUGGGAUGGAGAGAAGCUCUACCAGGAAGCCAGAAAAAUAAUUGGUGCUAUGACCCAGGCUUCCUUGUACUCCCAGGAGGACACCAUUCCAGGGCUGGUUCCAGCUCCAGUUGCGUGGUUCCCUGUGGGGCUGGAUGAAGUAGGAGGUGGCAUUGAUCCACUUCUCCGUGGUCUGCUCGUUGAUCAUGCAAAACUGAUGAAGCAGAGCCAAAUGGUUGUUGUGGAACUCCAGGAGCGGCUUUUUGAAUAAAAAGAAGUGAUGGGUUUGGAUCUACCAGCCAUUAACAUGCAACGGGGAAGAGAUCAUGGUCUUCCAGGGUACAAUGCCUGGCGACGAUUCUGUGGGCUUUCAGAACCUCACAACCUGGAUGAACUCACUCACGUGCUGGGAAACCAAAAUAUGGCAAAGAAGUUCUUAGGCCUGUAUGGGACACCAGACAACAUUGACAUCUGGACUGGGGCCCUUGCAGAGCCCUUUGUUUCCCAGGGCAGAGUGGGGCCCCUCCUGGCUUGUAUCUUUGGUGUUCAGUUCAGGAACUUGCGAGAUGGGGACAGGUUCUGGUGGGAGAACCCGGGGGUUUUUACUCUGCAGCAGCAUCGUGCCCUGAGCAUCAUCUCAUUGUCACGGCUAAUCUGUGACAACACCCGCAUCAGAAUGGUGCCCAGGGAUGUGUUCAAGGUCAACAGCUAUCCCUGGGACUUUGUGAACUGUAGCAAGAUUGACAGUCUUGACUUGUCAUCCUGGAAAGAAGAGAGUCACAGUGGACCAGAAGCUCAGGGCUGUGUUUCUCUGCAGAUGCUCUGGUGGGAGAAGCUGCCCCCCGUGCGCCUGUGCUCCAGCAACCUGGGGCUGGGAGAUGUGCGGGUGGCAAGUGAGCUGGAGCUGAAGGCACUCAGGGCCCGCCUGGCUCAACAGGAGCAGGAUGCAGCAGUCCUCCUGUCCCGGUAG